GGCAGCAUUAUAUAUUUGAGGUUUACGCGAAUAAUUGUAAUAGUUGUUGCAUAUAGUUUAAGUUUAAGGUUUAUAGGAAUAGCUUAUAAAAAUGCAUUUUAAUACAGUAGCAGUUUUUGCUUGCCUCUUUGCAACAUGCAAUUUAGUUAAAAGCAGCUAUGCAGUUAACUGUACCGCCCCACCGGUGUCUGUCAAUCUUGCUUACCACCCUGCCAACUCUCAAUACCUUCCGACUUCCCAAGUUACUUAUCAUUGUUCUGACGGCAGAAGUGUCAUUCCCGCAUCUUCUAGAACCAUAACAUGCAUGGUAUCGGGGUCAUGGAGCAUAUCAGUUGCUCCUACCUGUCAAGCAGUUUGCGUGAAGCCUCCAGCAAUAACCAUCGGGUCUGGGAGUUAUAGCCCCAUGCAAAACACGUACCAACCAAAUGAAAACAUCACGUAUAGCUGUAACGGUACGACGAGAUUGGUGGGUUCAGCAACUAACAUUUGUGGAAGUAAUUUUGGUUGGUCAACAGUAGCCCCACAGUGCGAUAUAGCAUGUUCCGCUCCGCCCCCACCUAACGCUAACAGUAGCGUGGGGCUCAGCUCAGCUUCUUUUCCAUAUAGUGUUGGUACAACGGCAAAGUAUUCUUGCAGUCUGGGUUACAGACUCGUAGGAAUUGAAACCCUCACUUGUACUUCCGAAGGAUGGGUGCCAGCCGCUCCCCCUACCUGCCAACUCGUCUGUCUAAAUCCGCCCUUGCCGGUGAACGGGACUGUUUUACCGAAUGUACCUGCGAACUCUGGUUAUGAUUUGGGUACAACUAUCAGAUACACCUGUACUGGUACAAACAACAUUAUCGGUUCAAGUAUAAACAUAUGCCAGAACGACGGAAGUUGGCGUUAUGCUGCUAUACCCGUCUGCUCCAGCGUUUGCUACUCCGCACCAACUAUACCGAACGGAGAUUAUAUGCCGAAGCAAAUCUACGCGAACCCUGGAACUUCUGUAUCUUACAGCUGCAAUACUCAAUCACACCAGAUUCGUGGGUCAAUUCAAGCUACCUGUCAAGCGGCUUCUCUAACUUGGUCUACAGCCCCCGUUUGCCUAACAGUGUGUGGAAAUCCACCCGCUAUAGCAAACGGGAUGAACUCGUUGAACGGUGGCAACGCAUUUCUUGAGGGGGACAAAGUAAAUUACACCUGCAAUGCAGGUUAUAGGAUAACACCUGCGCUUUCUACGAUGAACCCGCUGAACGAAAACACUUGCACGUCGACAGGAAACUGGGCAUACGCUGCAGCUAAUGACCUACCGUCGUGUGAACCAAUUUGCACCAGCCGUCCGCCUGGCAUCACUGUAGGUGGCGGAUUAACGAAUGGAUCGCCACCUUAUGCUGUUGGAGUCACAGUAAAUUAUACAUGUAUGGAUCCAAGUCCAUCCCUACCAUUUGGGAACAUUAGCAACAGAUGCGUGGCGUCAGAAACUUGGGAAAAUGCUGCUCCAAUGUGCCUAACAGCGUGUAGACCACCGCCGACAUUAAGCUUCGGCUCAUUUCUUCCAGUGAUGACGUAUUACAACGCUUCAGCAACUGUCAAUUAUACUUGCAACAGUGGUUUUACUUUAAUAGGCAGCAACAACGUUACUUGUUCCAAUGUUUUAACCUGGAGCCAACAACCAAUUUGUGCAAUAAACUGUCCUUCGCCACCUACUAUCACGAACGGUGCAAUUCAAAACCUAGUGUCUGACUACAAAAACGGAGACAACAUACAAUAUGUUUGUAAUACAAACUACGUUUUGACAAGUCCACGUUUUGGGACCAAUUAUGGCGGAAACAACACUUGUCUCCCAACAGGAAUGUGGAUGUAUAGAACACCAGACUACUUGCCAACAUGUUUGCCCGGAUGCGUUAACCCCCCAAUGAUUGGAGCCGGCAACGGAUCCAUCACCCCUGUUAAGGCGUCAUACGUGGUUGGGGAUAUCGUACAAUACACCUGCAUGCCACCGUACAGAAUAAUCGGCACCACCAGCAACGAAUGCGUACAAGCUGGAGACUGGUUACAUAACGCUGGACCAGAGUGUUACGACGGUUGUACCGAUCUGCCUGUAAUUGCUUCCAACGGCAACCACAUGCCUAUUGGUCGUAUCCACCCAACGCAAACCAAUGUUACGUACAACUGCUCAGAAAAUUACUCGCUUAAAGGAGAAGUGAAUAACCGUUGUUUACCACAAGUCCAUACGUGGAGUCAACCCACUGCACCAAUGUGCCUUAGAAAUUGCCCGACACCACCACAAGCAGCUGGAGGCACGACUACAGUUGUUGUUGACCCGAUACCCGGAAAAUCAGUUGCUGGCAUGAAGGUUAAUUACUCUUGUCCAGCCAACUACGCAAUGCAAGUAACGAUCAUGGACAAUACGUGUAACUCAUUGGGAGCUUGGGGCUCUGCUGCACCGGUGUGCGUGAGAAGCUGUGGUCCCCCACCAGCGGUUACUGUCGGCACGAAUACAUUCUCACCAAGCAAAGCUGUUUACUUGCUCAACGAAACGGUUACUUACGUUUGCGGCAACGGGUUGACUUUAGUUGGAGAAUCCACAACGCUAUGCAAGAACGAUACUACAUGGACGGGCACUCCUCCACAAUGCUUUGCUGGCUGCCAACGUCCUUUUACUGCAAACGGUUCCUUAGUUUUGAUACAGCCUGAUCGAGCGAGUUAUCUGGAAGGAACAACAAUUACAUUCACUUGCAGAUAUAAUGCUAAACUCACUGGAAGUACAAACGCUACAUGUCAACGCAACACCACUUGGGAUGCACCUUUGCCUAAAUGCGGAUGUGGACCACCGCCACAAGUUACUGUUGGUAAUGCUACACUAACUCCGUCCAAGCCAGAUUUCAUGCCGGGUGAAGUCGUCACUUAUACAUGUGGGUGCGAUUUGACGCUGGUUGGAAAAUCGACAACAAUCUGUCAAAAUAAUAACACUUGGUCUAACCAAUCGCCACAAUGUUUAACUAAAUGCACCCGCCCCACUAUUGCGACCGGUUCUAAAGUACAGAUACAACCUGACCAACAAGAGUAUCUGGAGGGAACAAACAUUACGUUUACUUGCGCAAACAAUGUAACUCUUACUGGUGCUGUGAGUUCCACAUGUCUUGGCAACACAACGUGGGAUGCUACACUGCCAACAUGCGGCGUCGUUAUUCAAAAGAUGUCAUUGGUACUGACAUUAUUAUGUGCUGUCCUUGUCGCAUUAUUGAGCCACUAAGUCAAACAGAAAAAAAGGGUUUUACGGAGAUUAGAACCUUAACUGCAGUUAUGCAACAUGUGAAGACUUUUAUUGUGUAUUAUUUUCUUAAUAUGUUAUAUUCGCAUAUCUACAGUUCAUGCUGCUAUAAUACGCGAGGCCCUUUAAAAGCUAAGAAAACUAUGUAGCCUAUAGUAGAGUGGAGUGAGAUGGAUACCGUUAGCACAUAAUAUCCGAUAUUUCCUAUUCGUGUUUAUAACAAUUAACAAUUAAACGCCCUUUUAAAGUCGCGAGUAUAUGGUUAAAUAAUCUUGUAAAAACAUUUUUUACUACCAAAUGGGAGAAAAGAGAAUGAAAAUAUGCACCAUCUUACCCAACCUAUGCAACAACAACAAUUGAACUUACUUUACAUUUCUUGGUCAAGGUCAAAUUAUUUUUACGGUCGUACGUAAUUUUACAUAGCUUCAUCUUAUACCGUGAAAUGGCAUGAGGGGGUAGCACUGUAACGGAAAUUAUUUUUUAAUUUAGCAGUUGGCAUUUCAAUGCCUUGAACGUAAUGUAUGGAUAUGUGUGGCCUAGUUUUAUUUAUAACGCAGGAAUAAGCUACGAUGUGUAUAUAAAGAAUAUAGAUUGGUGUAAAUUUUACACUUGGUUUUUUAAUCUACAAUGCUGCGUAUUAACCUUUCAACACUGUAUAUUACUGUUUAUGUAUAUGAGCAAUAACAAAUAUGAAAUACAUGCAUACGCUGUUAAUAAAGUUGGAUGUAUU